AUGUUUUCUGUGCUCAUUGCAUACCCUUGUUAUCAUUCUGUUUGCAUUGUCAGUUUAUCCUGCAUUUAUUUAGUAAACCCCAAGUUGUACCUUAGAGUUUAUCUAAUCUAGGUCCAGGGGUGGACUGAAAACUCAUGGGGACCCCGGGCAAUAGGGGAUCAUGGGACCCCUGUGUCCUUGCCCACACUCAAAGCAUACCCAAAAAAGCCUAUAAUAAGGUACCAGGGGCAUCUCAUGGGGCCCCCUACUGACCCCGGGCCCUCGGGCAGUGCCCGAGUUUCCAAAUG